AUGGGGCUCCGGCUGGGAUUGGGUGACCUUGUGACUCGCCAUAGGUGGUCUGGUGGUCCCAUGGUUUUCCUUCCCAGCAUCGCCAGAGGGCGCCGGGGCCGAAGAUUGCUGCAAUUUUACGUCGGCUUUCCCGGAGAUGCGUACAGCACGCUGCUCCCUCCAUUCCUGCAGCAUCUCCUCCCUGGUCCUGACCGGAGCCUGCGCUCGGGCGCUCUCGGCACCCUGCAUCGCUGGAACGGUCACAGGCGUCGCAUCGCUGUCAUCCCAGGGCCAGGCUGA